AUCUAAGAUGGCGGCGGCGUUGCUGACUGCAGGUUCUUUGGCGGCCCGACGGCUCCUCUGGGCCUGGCCUGGCCGCCACCUGGUGCGGGGCUCGGCCCCGGCGAACCGGGUGAGUGACGGGGAUCGGGGCGCUGGGGAGAUGCUGAGUGGGCUCCCAACCCUCUGGCCGGGCCACAGGCUGCCGGCAAUUAAAAGGCAAUGGGCGGCCUCCAGCGCGGUGCACGCUGGGAGCUGUAGUCGCAGCUCGGUGUGGUUUUCAUGGGGCCGCUGGGAGUUGUAGUCUCAGCUGAGGUUAUUGUCACGGGCUCGCACUGCGCCCCAGGACCUGCCCAGACUCUCCCACCCCGCGUCCCCACCCUAAGCUUUGUAGUCGCCCGGCUGUGUGGGAUCUGUGCAAGCCACAGUGCGUGUGGCCCUGCAAUUUUUGGCUGAAGCUGGAGCAGCCUGCUUAGUUCUGUAGGCUACAUGGGAUGGCGUUGCUGGCUAAGCUCUGGGUUCCUUGGAUAAAAACAUGGAUCUGUUCAGACUGAGGAGCUGUAGAUGUUGGCCCUUCUGGGACUAGUUCAGCCCAUACAGCUUGGGACAAGCAGAUUCAGAUCCACCAAGGCAGCACCGCAAAUAGUCUUAAAUGUUCCUGAGACUAAAGUGUGUUCUCUGGAAAAUGGCCUGAGAGUAGCUUCUGAAGAUUCUGGACUCUCAACAUGCACAGUUGGUCUUUGGAUUGAUGCUGGAAGCAGGUAUGAAAAUGAGAAGAACAACGGAACGGCUCACUUUCUGGAGCAUAUGGCUUUCAAGGGGACAAAAAAGAGGUCUCAAUUAGACCUGGAACUAGAGAUUGAAAACAUGGGCGCUCAUCUUAAUGCCUACACGUCCAGAGAACAAACUGUGUAUUAUGCGAAGGCUUUCUCAAAGGACUUGCCAAGAGCUGUGGAGAUUCUUGCUGACAUCAUACAGAACAGUACACUGGGGGAAGCAGAGAUCGAGCGGGAGCGAGGAGUUAUCCUUCGAGAGAUGCAGGAAGUUGAAACUAAUUUGCAGGAAGUUGUCUUUGAUUAUCUUCAUGCCACAGCCUAUCAGAACACUACACUGGGACGGACAAUAUUAGGACCCACAGAAAACAUCAAAUCCAUAAAUCGCAAUGACUUGGUGGAGUACAUAACAGCACAUUAUAAAGGACCCAGAAUAGUGCUGGCUGCUGCUGGAGGAGUCUCUCAUGAUGAAUUGCUUGAUUUAGCAAAUUAUCAUUUUGGUAACUUACCGUCUACUCAGGAAGGAGGAAUGCCAGCCCUGCCCCCUUGCAGAUUCACAGGUAGUGAGAUUCGUAUAAGAGAUGACAAGAUGCCUUUGGCACACAUCGCAAUAGCUGUCGAAGCAGUUGGCUGGUCUCACCCAGAUACAAUUCCCCUUAUGGUAGCAAAUACUCUGAUAGGCAACUGGGAUCGUUCCUUUGGAGGAGGCGUGAAUUUAUCCAGCAAGCUUGCCCAAAUCACUUGCCAUGGCAACCUGUGUCAUAGCUUCCAGUCUUUCAACACCUGUUACACUGAUACUGGACUGUGGGGGCUGUACAUGGUUUGUGAACCAUCCACUGUACAGGAUAUGAUGCACUUCGUUCAGAGAGAGUGGAUACGACUCUGCACAAGCGUUACUGAAAGUGAAGUAUCUCGAGCCACGAACCUUUUAAAAACAAAUAUGCUGUUACAGCUUGAUGGGUCCACCCCCAUCUGCGAGGACAUUGGGAGACAGAUGUUGUGUUACAAUCGUAGAAUUCCAAUUCCUGAACUUGAAGCAAGAAUUGAGGCUAUUGAUGCCCAGAGCAUAAGAGAGAUUUGCACAAAGUACAUUUAUGAUAAGUGCCCUGCCAUUGCUGCUGUGGGUCCAAUUGAACAACUUCCAGAUUAUAACAGAAUCCAUAGUGGCAUGUACUGGCUACGUGAUUAAGAACACAUGAUAAAUGUUUUAAUGAAGCUACUAGAUUUCUAAAGCAGUUGUCACAAGGCAUGUAGACAAACACAUUUGAUUUCUCUGAACCCCCUGCCCCUCAACUUCAGUACCAAAAGCCCUACCAUGGGAAACAAAGUGUCCAAAAAUUACAAACGUCACUUACGGGGAAGUCACCUUGACACUUAUUCUCAGUCCUUACCCUUUUGUAGUUGGAGAAACUAAUUUCAGAAAGUUAACAUUUAUUCAUGUGAUUUUGUCUAAAGAAUAAAAACAUGUACAGUAUUUGCAUUUUUAUUAUAAAACAGAACACAAAGAUUGUCA